UCCUAACUGCCCUGCGGGUGGAAUGACAGAGGCCCCCACGCUGUAACAUUAACACACACCCCAGUAUCCCCAUGGUACAGCAGCAGAGACAGGAGCCUAAAAGCAGACAGAGACAGAGCGAGACCGACAGACAGACAGACACAGAAACACAGAGAUAGUGGAGUGCUCGGGACAGGAGGAAUAGAGAGGUAGAGGUAGAGAGAGGGAAGGAGGGAGAGAGAGAGAGAGAGAGGUGUGGGAGAGGUGAGGAGGCCCCCACAUGGACACUAAAGGAAGGGCAAAUCCAGACAGCGCGCGGCGCGGAGGACCCAGGUGCCACAUGGUGUUGUAGAGGGAACCGAGGCGUAGCAACUGUCCCGCAGCGCAGCUAAUUAGUCCGAAUCUGCCAAGGACUGACACCAGCAUAGCGCGUCCACUGCCCGGACAAUGGACGACCACAACCAAGGCGGCGGAGGAGGGGACCCGUCGUCGGGCACGGAGGAGGACAAGAGCAAGAAGUUGCUGAUCAUGGACGAGGGCAUGGACGACAAGCAGACCAAGGAGCAGCUCAACAACGCCGAGAAGUGCGACAAGGAGAACGAGAAGGAGAAGGACGACAAGAAGGAGAGCCGGCGCUCUGGUUCUCUUUGGCGCAGCGGGCACUGGGCACUGAACGAACGCCUGGCCAUCAACGUGUCGGGCAUGCGCUAUGAGACGCAGCUGCGCACCCUGGCGCAGUUCCCCGACUCCCUCCUGGGCGACCCGCGCCGCCGGCUGCGCUACUUCGACCCGCUGCGCAACGAGCUGUUCCUGGACCGCAGCCGCGUCUGCUUCGACGCCAUCCUCUACUUCUACCAGUCGGGCGGGCGGCUGCGACGGCCCGCCAACGUGCCCCUGGACGUGUUCAUGGAGGAGCUGCGCUUCUACGAGCUGGGCGAGGAGAUCAUGACGCGCUUCAAGGAGGACGAGGGCUUCCCCAAGGAGGUGCCGCGCCCGCUGCCCGACAACGAGCUCCAGCGCAAGCUGUGGAUGCUCUUUGAGCACCCGGAGUCCUCCAGCGGCGCACGCAUCAUCGCCAUCAUCAGCGUUAUGGUCAUCGUGGUGUCCAUCCUCAUCUUCUGCCUGGAGACGCUGCCUGACUUCCGGGCCGACAAGGAGCAGCGAGAGAGAUUCAUCAUAAUACCUCACCCCACCGUCCCCAACGCCACCUUAGCUGUGCCACCCAACACCACGCCCUUCGACGACCCCUUCUUCGUGGUGGAGACGCUGUGCAUCUGCUGGUUCUCCUUUGAGCUGGGCAUGCGCUUACUCUGCUCGCCAGACAAGAUGGUCUUCUUCAAGGACGUGAUGAACAUCAUCGACUUCUUCGCCAUCAUUCCCUACUUCGUCACGCUGGGCACGGAGCUGCUGAGCACCAAGCAGCAAGGCCAGCCGCCCACCAUGUCCCUGGCCAUCAUCAGAGUCAUCCGUCUGGUCAGGGUCUUCCGUAUCUUCAAGCUCUCGCGCCACUCCAAAGGGCUGCAGAUCCUGGGCCAGACGCUGAAGGCCAGCCUGCGGGAGCUGGCCUUGCUCAUCUUCUUCCUCUUCAUCGGCGUCAUCCUCUUCUCCAGCGCCGUCUACUUCGCCGAGGUGGACAGCCCCGACACGGCCUUCACCAGCAUCCCCGAGGCCUUCUGGUGGGCCGUGGUCUCCAUGACGACGGUGGGCUACGGCGACAUGUACCCGGUGACGGUGGGCGGCAAGCUGGUGGGCUCCAUGUGCGCCAUCGCCGGCGUGCUCACCAUCUCCCUGCCCGUGCCCGUCAUCGUCUCCAACUUCAGCUACUUCUACCACCGCGAGAUGGAGUGCGAGGACAGCACCGAGUACACCCACGUCAGCACCUCGCUCUGGGAGGACGACGACGAGCCCGAGAUGGAUGUGGAGGAGUACGAGGAUAGGGAGGGCAUGGAGGGGGAGAGCUACACUCCCCUGGAUGGGUGCGGUGGCAGCGGCGGCGGUGGUGGCGGUGGUGGGGGUCCAGGGCCCGGCUACAGGGGUAUCUGUGGGCCUCUGAACGGGACUCUGCUGGCGGGACUGUGCGCAGGGCAAGGGGAGGAUCCCAGGGGAGGAAAUGUGUACCUGAGGGAACCACUGGUCACACAGGUGUGAGGAGGAAGGGCAUGGACAUAGUAGAUACGCGAGGCGAUAAGGAAGAGAGUCAUGGAAAGCAUCUUCAGAUGUGGAAAAAGUAUUGUUUCAUUGGGCCAACAAGUGCCAACAAGACUAAUGUUUCAACGUUGUCACGUCUUCAUCAGAGUCAAUAUGGCAAACCUGGGUAGGUGGUGCUUAAAAAAAACUUUCAAAGAACACCUGGCAGGGGUGACCAAAUCACCCAAGGGUGCCAAUGACAUAGGCUGCACUCAAAUAACAUCCAAACAUCCAACAUAGAACCAGACAAACAAGAGAAAUAAAAAGGAAAAAAUGUGCACAUAUAUUUCUUUGAAAGUUUUUUUAAGCACCACCUACCCAGGUUUGCCAUAUUGACUCUGAAGAUGACGUGACAACGUCGAAGCGUUACUCUUAGCACUUGCCCAAUUAAACAGUAAUUUUUCCACAUCUGAAGAUGCUCCGGUGACUCUCUUCCUUGCCUGCUAUUACUAGUCCUUUCCUGGGACGCACCAGAUUGUGAAGUACAGGAGCGCGGAGGAUAUCUCCCUUUUCUACGCGAUACAUAAGGAGAUAUUAGGAGGAAAAAAGAUGGAAGUUCAAGAGCGACGACGAAGAGUGGCAGACAGAGACUUGUACAUUACUUGUGCGUUCUGCCACAGACACGGAAGAAGAAAGCAGACAGGAGUCAAAACGAUGGCCUUUUAAUGUCUGCUGCUUACACUGACUGACUAACUGUAGUAGACUUACUGUGGAGUGGAGUGCUUACAAAAGGGGGUUGAUGCAAAAAUAUGUUGCAUACUGUAUUACUGCAAAAAAAAAAAAACAGGUGCAAUGGUUCAAGAGAAUCACACCAACUCUGCAGGUUUUCAUUAUACAUUAUUUAUAUUUAUCUGACAUUUGUACUUUGAAAUGUCGUCUGCAUUUUUGAUCAUAAGUUAUAGGUUAGAACGAAUAGAACUCUUGCGCUGUUUGGAAUAAAAUUGGAAUAUUUUUUUGAAGUUUGCGUGCUAUGCUAUGACAGACCAUUUUACAUAUCAUCACUGAAGUGCCAUACCAAAUAAUCGAGUAAAAAAUAUGUAAAUAGAACUACAGUAUUUAUUUGUCAAGACGUGGUAGUCUCCGAUGUAAGAAGCCACAUACCCCCCAUUGGUGACUUUUUAUAGCAGUCUGACUGGCAUGCCUGUGAGGUCAAACUGGACAUGUGUAUGUAUGAACCUUAUCUGCAGACAGGGCUGGACUGGCCAUCUGCCAUAGCGGGCAUUUCCCAGUGGGCCUUGCACCCUCGUUGUCUCCUAUUUUCAGAAAUGUAAUAAAAAAAAGUUUUAAAAAAUAUGUUUUUCAAAAAAAUUACAUUUCUGAAAACAGGGACCCAUGAGGGUGCGGGGCCCACAGGUGAGUCCAUUUUGCACCACUUAUAAUAUUAUGAGGGGGCCCCUUUAAUCCAAAAGUGCCCGGGCCCUAUUUCUCCCCCAGUCUAGCCCUGUCUGUAGACACUUGUUUGUUGUCGUAA